CAAUAGUCGACCAGAAUGAAGGCCAAGAGCAACGUUAGCAAGUACGUAGGUCUUCAAAAGAAUGUUCGAAAUCGGCCGGAGCUGAUGAGAGAGUUGGUUGAGGCUGGGACCACUGAACUCCCACUGCCUCCCAAUACGCCGCUGGAAGAGAAGUUAAGUUUCCCUGCUCUGGCCACAUUCACGCAGUGCAAGACGAACAAUUGCAGUCAAGAAAUGAUAGAAGCCUUGGGUGAGAUUUCAAAUCUGAGUCCAGUGGGUCCAAUGAGCAGCCACCGAGAUUCGAAAGCGAAGCGGAAAUUUGACUUUUCUAGGUACUCUUUGAUAAAAACGGCAGCUGAAGAGAGUUUGAUCUUGGAUCCAUAUCGGGCUAAGGAUCCAGAUGAUAAAGAACAAGAAAAUUCUACUCUGAAGGCAGCUGCGGAGCAAACCCCUCCUCGCAGGAUUUCCGAUGAGAAGCCCAACUACUUAAGUCCAUAUGUGAGCGUCUCGCGCGGUAAAGUCAACUCUCGCUGUGAGCGUGAGAAGCGAAACAGCAUGUAUUUGCCCGGUGAGGAGUAUCCUGUUGCCAAUCGGCGGGCCCUCGAGUCGGUGCUCUACUUUCGCAUACAGCUGGAGAAUGAGAUUCGACGACUGCGAGAUAUCUGCAGCGAGUGGGAAGCCUAUAGCAAGGAGAAUGAGGCGCAUCUGGUUGAGACGGGCGGCAUAGAUAUGAUCAAUGUGGCCAUUGGACAGACAAAUUUGCUCUCUACCAAGAAAUUGAUGCAGUUCAGCGGUCUAAUUGACCGUUGCGAGGCGGGAGCUACGGGCAAGAACCAUCGACCCUACGAUGGCAGCGAGGAGACGAAACCCGUCCAGGCAGAGGAUCUGGAAGGGUGGUGGGACAUGCUGCGACCCCAGAGUGAGAAUGUUGACAAGCGCUUUGAUAACUUGAAGCGAUGGAAACAGAACAAUUGGCAGGACCCCGAUGCAGUUGAGGAAUCGAAAAUACCAGCCAAGCCUGUGGCCAAACCAAAGUCUAAGCUGGGCAACAAUUUAAACGCUAAGCCCAAGGUCAAGGCCAGCAGUAACUUGAUGCAAUUAAUCCGCAAGGCCCAUGCUGAAAUGAAAAAGGCUAAGGCGGAUGUGGUAUCAGCGGACGAUGCCCCGCAAACUCCAUCUCGCAGCAGCACUCAGCGUGUGAUCGUAGUACGCGACCGUCGGUCCUUCUCUCCUGCUCGCACCGUCCUGCGCAUGUCUGUAGGCGAGAGCCGUUCUUCCAAUGGUGGCAACACUCUGCUCAAGUCUGCUAUAUUGGCCGCAGCCGAACAAAACGCUCUUAAUCAUACCCCCCUCCCAAUAAGGGACGCCAGUCGAUUCUGAAAAAACCAGGGACCAGCAAGCGUGAAAGUCGUGGAGUUAUUUUCAGUACAAAGAAAAAUGUACGGCACUUCAAAUUCACCUACGAAGAAGGCACUAUUAGCGAUGAUGAGCCCUUUGGCGGCGAUAAGCUAGAGGAUUGCGAGGAGGACAUGUCGAUCGAAGCUUCAGGGGAAACACGUUCCGUAGACCAGGGCCCAGCAGAAAAUGAGCCGCAAUCCGCGUCUUAGGCCAUCCACCGAGUUUAUGUAGUUUAUCUAUCAUUUAUUAUUUAAAGUUACGUUUUUGUUUAUAUGUAUAGUAUUAUUUAAUUCUGAAAAUUAUGUUUCAAUUUCAAA